GCUCACAUCUGCUUUAGCACUUAUCAGUCCCUAAAACCUACAGCUACGGAGGAGCUCUAGUCGCAUCGUCACUAGCGUCGGAAUUCCCUGAAGUAGUUAAUUACCAUUGCGUGACAGCUAUCAUGAUGGAUACUGGGUACAACUUCUGUCGGCCAAUUUCCAGUUUUUGUCUGGGCUCAUCUUCCAUCUAGUGGUUUCCGUUGGCUGGUGCUGAUCGAAUUCUGUCUGGCUUCUGACUCAUGGUCGUGGAAACACGCCAUGAAUGGCUUGGCGUGACCAGGCACAGCCAGCCUGUGCCGAAAACACAACCACCGGCUGAGAUUCCCCAGCCUCACCGCGGAUUCCCGCGAUUGUAGCUUCCGCAAUAGAAUUUCCCGCCGCGGUGGAAGCCCCGUGGUGGCGUUAGUCCUGAAAGUAGAUUCGCAUAGAUUUGCAUGAAUUUGCAUAGAUUCGCAGAAAUUCGCAUAGAUUCGCUUAUAUAGAAGACAAGCUGCAGUGACUUCCAGACAUGCUGGACGCAACGACCGUCGAGUUAGGGUUAGCGAAUACGCCAGCGGAGUUUUGAGUCGACUCAGAUAGCAGCGCCACCAUUGAUUACAAGUUCCAACAGCUUCCGUCGAGUUAGGGUUAGCUCUGACAGCAUGCUGGACGCGACGACCGUGGAGUUAGGCUUAGCGAGUGCGCCGGCUGCUUCCUCCGCUCGAGUCCAACAGCCCAAUGCGUUCUCCGUGCUCAUGUCGUUCUUUCUCAUGGGCUUCUACAACUUCGGCGGGUCCAAGGGGCACAUCGAGAUGAUGAGGAAGGAGUUUGUCGACCGGCGAGGGUGGCUGGACGAUAACCAAUUCGCCGAGGUCUACCGAUAUGCCAAUGCCAUCCCAGGCCCGACGGGGAUGCAGAUGGUGGCGACACUUGGCACGCUGUGGUUGGGCACGUACCUGGGCGGCAUUCUCAUGCUCUUCAUCUUCAUGCUGCCUGGCUGCGUUUCGAUCUACUUUGUGGCCCGAUUUGUGGAGGUGGUGGGGCAGAACGACUUCUUCUCUUUCAACGCACAGUGGUUCACCGAGUUUGGCCCGCAGAUCCCCCCCGACGAGAAAGCAGCCACGCUCUCACAAGCCGUGGUGGGGGUCGUUGCUGCUGCACCCGCCUACGCACUGCUUUACUCCUUUGCACACGCCCAAAACCUCUCCACCACCACUGACAGGGCCCUCGUUGCCAUAGUGGCUGUCAUCUUCUUCCUCCUUGUCCCGCAUCGCCUCUCCCACCUCCUCGUGCCGCUCUGCCUCCUCCUCGCCGCUCUCCUCCGCUACCUCGCCCCCUUCGACCGCCUCUUCCCCCCUCCCUCCUCCUCCUCUUCUUCUUCCCACUCCACGCACACUUUCCUCGCUUGGUCGGGGGGGAAGAGCCCCCACCCUGCCUCCUCCUCCUCCUCCUCUUCCACCUCCUCCUCAUCUCCCUAUACUGCUUCUGGCAUCCCCUUGACCUCCCAGCUGACCAAUCUUUUCUUCCGCCCGUUGCUUAGCCGGAGAAACACUGCCGCAAACACUCACACUCAGCUAAGCGCCAGUAUUAGCGCCGAGAGAGCCCCGCUCAUGGGAAGAGCGGGCGGGCGGGGGGUGAAUGGCACGGUAACCAAAUCGCCCGCUUUUAGUGAGGGUGAUGAUGAUGAUGAGGAGGAGAGUAAGAAGUUGGGGAGAGGGGUGGUGGUGGUGGGGGGUGUGGCUGGAGGGUUGGGAGAUGGGGGAGGGGCGGGGAUUGCGGCUGGUGACUCGCUGGUGGUGCUGCGGGCGAAGGUGCACUCGCUGCCGUGGUCCGUGCUUCUAUUCUUCGGCUGGAUGGUCACCUGCAUUUCCUUCCUCUACUGCCGCACCCACGACGGCCGCGACUUGGGAUGGCUCGUGCUUUCAGAGCUCAUCUGCCGCUCGGUGUCGCUGGGGUUUGGGGGCGACUUCUUCCCCUUCGCCAUGAUGAACAUGGAGUAUCUGCAGGCGAACGGCAUUCUGAGACCACCGGUGGUCAACAUCUUGGCUCUUGCUGCGACCAUCAUGCUGCCAGGCCAUUACUACUCUGCAGUUACCUUCAUUGCUGUCUACAGCAUUGGCAUGAAGGGUCUAGUUGUGGGGCUCAUGGCUGUGGCCGUGCCCACCUUCCUCGCCUCCUUCUCCCUCCUCCCCUUCUGGGAUUCCUUGCAACGGGACCAGGGCCUAGGAGCAGCAAUGGCGGGGGCCAGUCUAGCCGGGACAGGCGUGGAGAUUGCUGUUUUCCUGCAUCUCCUGCUGCAAGUGGCAACCACAGCAGGGCCUCUGGCUGUUGCCAUCCUCACAACAUCCCUGGUUGCAGCAUUCCAGACCCCAGCACCAAUAGCCAUGGCAACAGGUUCUGCAUUUGGACUUAUCCUCUACCUGUUCAACAUUGGCGGUCCCUAUUGUUGGGUGCCAGCAUACAUGCGCCUCAACCCCGAAAUGGUCAAACCAUGCCUUCUCUUGCACAACCUCAAUACGCUCCUCUUCACGCGAUAUUGACUUCUCAACGCUCCACUUGUCUAAGACUGGAAUUUCAUGGUUGGCGACUCAAUCGCUCGCGAAGCAUCUACGACACUCACAUUCACUGUCGCUCGGAUUGCUGUGUGGCUGCUGCCGAUUGAUGCGUACGGGCUUGCUUGCGACUUGUGCGACUAAGCGUCUGCAACUGAGCUUUCGCGAUUGCCGUCGUGUAACCAGAAUGCAUUUCGGCAAGUGGCGGUGUGUCGUUACAGGCGAGUGGGGUUCAGCCUGCCCAUUGGAAGGUGGUGGACUCCCUAGGGGGGUGGGCGAGCAAGCAGGCAGGCCACCACAGUCCGAUUGACUGGAAGCACCCUGGUGUAUUAGGUUGAGUGCUGCCCGUUUGAAACAAAACAGAGAUCCAAAAAUGAGCAGCGUCGAUCGAGAGAAAUGUAUAGCUUCUCUGCUUCAGCCACGGCUGCGAUGCAUCCAACUCGGCUGGGAGAAAUGUGCAGGGAAGGAAAACGGACCUUUUUGCUGUCCAGGGCUGUUGAAGUUUCACGUGACGUGAUUGGCGUAAAUUAUGGUCGGUGCUGCACCUGCCCGUGGAAUUCGUGAUGGCAGACCUUUUGCCUGCCCAUUCUACCUCACUUACUCAGGAGGACCGAGGGAAGAUGGACAUUUGAAAAUGAGAGAAUCUGGGGAUCACACCAAGAUGCCGAAGUGCCAGGCGUGUUCAUCAGGUGUCCAGCUAGCUUUUGAGGAUACAGUACGGUGCGGUGCUAAAGUGAAAUAGUACAGAGGGAUGCAGUCCGCUUGUGGCUUGCAGAAUAUCUGUCAAGCAGUUCGUCCCUUCUGAUAUGGCCAAUGACGUGUCCGUAACG